UCCCCAAUCCAUCGCCGUCCACGUAAAUAAAAAAAUUGUUUGCCGAAAGAUGAUCUAUAACAACGAUUAGUCAGCGUCGUAGUUGUUUACAGAUUAGAACUAUUUUUAUAUGUGAGAUCAAAAGAGUUGCACAAUAGCUUCAAUGGGCAAGGAUCAACACCUACUGGAAGCGUCACGAAGUGGUGAUAUAAAAACGGUUGGAAAACUUUUGGAACUCACAACAAAACGUUUUGGGCCACUUUCGAGCUUUCGGCGGAGCCCCAGCAUAAAUUGCCAAGAUGUUAAUGGUUAUACAUCGUUGCACCACGCCUGCCUUAAUGGCCAUAGCUCCAUUGUGCGCCUCUUGCUCGCCCACAAUGCACAACUCGAUGUGCCUGAUAUUAGAGGAUCCACGCCCUUAUUCUUGGCGUCUUGGGCUGGCCAUCAAGAUAUUGUAAAAAUGCUGCUGAUGCACAGCCCCAAUCCCGCCAAUCCCAAUGCCCAGACAAUUGAAAACGAAACACCGCUGCACUCAGGUGCUCAGCAUGGCCACAACGCAGUCGUUGCCAUCUUACUAUCUUAUGGUGCUGAUCCCACUAUUCGCAAUAAUAGCUUUCAAACAGCAUUGGAUCUGGCGGCACAGUUCGGGCGUCUGCAAGUGGUACAAGCACUACUGCGCUUAAAUCCUGAAUUGAUAGCGCUAUAUCGACGUUGUAAGGGAGAUGAGAUGCCAAAAAUGUUUACACACACUUGCCUCCACUUGGCUAGUCGCAAUGGUCAUAAGAAGGUGGUCGAAACUCUGUUGGCGGCCGGCGUGGAUGUCAACAUACUUACAAAUGCUGGCAGCGCUCUGCACGAGGCUGCGCUCUGUGGGAAAAAGUCGGUGGUGAUUACAUUGCUUAAUGCUGGUAUCGAUGUUUAUGCUACAGAUGGCAAUGGACGUACUGCAUUGGAAAUACUGGCCGAAUAUCCUCCACAUGUAACAUACGAUAUUGUAGCCGUCAUAAAAGAAUUCAUCAACUUGUGUGAGGCUCAGUUGCUACGCUCAAAUCAGACGGAGCUUGUCACCAACAUUGUCAUUGAAAAUGGUACACAUUCAUUACCCAAGAGACUGUACGAAAAAAACUCACAGCGACAAAAGCAAUCUAAGUUUUUCGAUCUGCCCAAACAGAGGAAAAAGCAUGCACACCAAAAUGGACUUUCGCACUCUUUAAGCUCGCUCGAUAAUUACACCACUGCACCGGAGAACUAUCUUCACAUGAAGCCUAUUAAAGCCCAGAAGUCCGUUAACGAUAUGGACACAAUUGAGCAUUGCAAGCAAUCACAAAUGGAACUGUGGCCCAGCUACCAGCCGGUCUACAAGCAACCAUAUCAAAGCGCACUUUUACAGCAGAGUGGCAAUUUUUCCGGCGGUUCUGUCCCUUCACGCUCGUACGAAUUCAUCAAUAUGCUCAAAAAUAGCUCCGGUAGUGAGGAUAAUAGCGCAUCUAGUAGCAAUACGCAGCGUCCCCCACAAAUAGCUCCAUAUGUGGAGAUGGCACUGCACAGUCCUGUUCCAGCCCCACGUACUCGUACAAAUGGUGACUAUGCCAAUAUAAAUGAAUGCUCAGCACAGCCGUUGGCUAGGGAACGGCAGAGUGCAACCCCCCCAAAAAGUGUCGAUGGCAACAACAACAGCAACACUAACCACAAACUAUUUCGCGCUGUCACGCACUCGCCUACGCCCGAUUAUCCUCCUCCAACGGUCAGUGAGGCAGAGAAUAUGAUUUCGUACUACAUGCAGCCGCUGGCACAGUGUAGAAUAACAUCUUUGGAUGGGGCAAGUGAUUCGCCACGCACCACAUAUUCAUUUUCCUCUGAUCAUGUUGAAGAGUUUGUGAGUGAUAUACCAUUUGCAGGUCUCUACAAAGGCUCAACAUUGAAUUUGGCACAGGAUGAGUUGGAUGGCCGUAACUCAGUAGCUGCUAGCUUACGAUCUCCAAGUAUGGUACGAUCCGUAAACAAUAGGCGAAGUCUAUCGAAGCAACGGUUUUCAACAACCGGCGAGGACUUCAGCGCGUCACGGGUUUGGGCUGAAAUAGAUACCAUCUUUGAGCACAUUGGCAAUGAAGUGUCUACGGUGGAACGGGAAGAGCCACAGUCGCAACACAUGUCCAUAGAUGAUGAUCUACGGCACUCCCUGCACAUUCGCAAUCCGGCUGAGCUGUUGUUGGGCAAAACGCAAAGCGCUGCAUCCCAUUGGUGCCAUUCCCCUUAUACCCUUAUCUACGGCGAGAUUCGUUACACGGUCUUUUAUUUGGGAUCAACGGUUAUACGACAGCUUCAAGGAACAAUUUCAGCGCGUAAAUCUAUUCAAAAGCUUAAAAUCGAUGAAAACUUUGAAACACCAAGCGGUGUCAGCGAUUUUAGUCUGCUAGAAAAUUGCAAUACAUCCACAAAGUAUUUAAAAGCUGCUAAUUUGCAGACUAGGUUGCAAGUAGAUAUUGCCGUUUCAUGUGUUGGCGUCAAGUUCAUAGAUCACGAGAAAAAGACUGCCAUUUGUGCUCAUGACAUAGAAAACAUAAAUUGUGUAUGCCAAGAUGUAGAUGAUUUACGUUAUUUUGCGUAUUUAACCAAAGAACAGGAAUUGCAUUACUGUCAUGUAUUUAUGGUGGAUAGUCUAGAACUGGCAAAGGAAAUAAUUUUGACACUUGGUCAAGCCUUUGAAGUUGCCUAUCAACUUGCCCUGAGCAGACAGGGAACACCACUGACCGAAGAGUGCUAAAGCCAAAGGGUGUGCCAUUAACAUGGUCGCUUUGUAUUAACGUUUUAGUAGUAAGAUGUAUUUGAUUAUUCUUGUCAAGAACUACUGCAAGCAUUUUUUACGAGAAUGUUUUUCAUUUGCUAGUCGUUGAUGCCAUUUCAUCGCUGGGCUUCAUUAAAAUGCACAAGCCAAGCAUCUGAAAGUA